UUGUUAACUAGAUUAUUCAGGUUCGUCGAGGUCUCUUUGUUAAUAAGUAAAAGAAAUUUUUGCAAUUUUUGUAGUUUUACCAAUCAAAAAUACCAUUGAUAAGGAGUGGGUGAUCAAAAAGAAACAUAACACUGCAAAUUGAAACCAAAACAAAAUCUGAAAAACUUACGCAGUGUGGAAAUUUGGAUGAAAUUUGUGAGAGAAAAUUCGAAAAUGGAAGAAAAUGGAAGUGAGCUGAAGACACUCGAUAGAUUAAAGCUGUUGUAUCCAAAUGUGACUGAACCAUUGCCUUUAUGCUGGAGCAGCACAGAGAAAAACAAUUCCAUAGGUCUAUCCAGCUCAAAUUUGCGCGUCCAUUACAAAGGUGUUGGAAAAUCACACAAUGAUGCUGCAUCUGUGAGAACAACAUGUCCUAUACCUGCCAGUUGUGGAUUGUACUAUUUUGAAGUUAAAAUCAUUUCAAAAGGACGUGAUGGGUACAUGGGAAUUGGCUUAACAUCAGCAGCUUCAAAUUUCAAAAUGAACAGAUUGCCAGGCUGGGAUAAACAAUCAUAUGGUUAUCACGGUGACGAUGGCAAUUCAUUCUGCUCAUCUGGGAAUGGUCAAUCAUAUGGUCCAACUUUCACAACUAACGACGUCAUUGGCUGGGGGGUAAAUUUAGUCGACAAUACGUGCUUUUACACCAAGAAUGGUCAUCAUCUUGGUAUCGCCUUUCGUGAUCUGCCACCAAAACUUUAUCCAACAGUGGGCCUUCAAACGCCCGGUGAGAUUGUUGACGCCAAUUUCGGUCAAAAGCCAUUUCAAUUCGAUAUCCUCGAUAUGAUUCAAGAACUACGUGCUUCCACAAAAGCUGCGAUCUAUUCGUUUCCACUGCCAGAUGAUCAAGCAGAUUGGACAGUGAUUAUGCAAAAAAUGGUCUCGUCAUAUUUAGUACAUCAUGGCUUUAGCUCUACAGCAGAAAAGUUUUGUGAGAUCACAGGUCAAACCUUCACAGAAGACAUCGGCUCGAUUAAAACACGUCAAAGAAUACUUAAACUAGUACAAAUGGGCCGCAUUGGACAAGCAAUCGAACAGACAACGCGCUGCUUUCCUGGUCUUUUAGAGUCUAAUCAAAAUCUUAUGUUUAUGUUGAAAUGUCGACAAUUUGUGGAGAUGGUGAAUGGAUCAGACUUAGAUGAAUUAAAUUUUCAGACAUCACACUCAGCUCAGACAACAUCAGUUAUACAAUCAACAAAACAUUAUCAAUCACCGAUGGAUCAGAACGAUCAAGAUUUCAAUAACGACAAUCAAAAUUACUCGAUAUAUGGCGGUGACGACACACAAGAACAAAACUCGUUCAAUAAAUUUAAGAGAAUAAAUGAUUACAUUGAGAAUCAUUACCAUGACAGUAACUCUGAUGAUGUUGAUAUGGAUGGAAAUAACAUUGGCUAUAAUAACUCAAAAUCAUUAGAACUGAAUGAUUCAGACGAUAUGGAUGUCGAUGUGUCACCAAUGAGUAGUAAAUCUAUUAAAUCCGGGAUUGAACGAAUGUUAGAACUUGGUCGGGAACUUCUUCAGAUGAGUUUACGUUUAGAGAAGAAAUAUCAAAAUGUCAAUGACGACAUUAUAGCUCAAAAUCGCAAAAUGAUGGAGGAAGCAUUUAGUUUAUUGGCAUAUUCAAAUCCAUGGGCCAGUCCUGUAGGUAAACAGCUCUCUCCAACAAAGCGCGAGCCAAUUUGUGCAAAACUCAAUUCAGCUAUUUUAGAAUCAAUGAAUUAUCCAACGAGGCCGCCCAUAGAAUAUAGCUUAGCUCACGCUCAUCAAUUGCUUCGUGAAAUGUCGAAUUCAAAUCUUGGCUCAUUUGCUUUUGUGGACAUAAACGAAAUUUUAAGACAUUGAACUCAACUUUACUCGCUUUAUUUUCAAUGCUUCUUCAAUACAAUUUGAAAUAAUUUUNNNAUUGUAAUAUUAUUUAAAUAAAAUUAAUAAAACUUUUGUCCGAAUUGGUUGGAUGAAAAUGAAAAUUUAAGUGAAAAAGAAAUGCUAAUAAUGUAAAUUUUAAUGUAUAAACACAAUAAAAAGGAAAAUUUUGCGAUGAAAUCGAAA